CAAGGCAUUACACUGUUUCGUCUUCUUUAAAUUACGUCUCUUAAUCCAAUUUAUUAUCCUCAACUCUCAACUGUACUCUGCCACUUUCCUCUUCUAUAUAAACCAUCCCAUUCCAAGCAUACAUGCUAUCAAAUCAAACACAAAACAUCACAUUUGUUCGUGGUAAAAAUACAAAAUGGCUAUGAGUUUCUCAUCACUCACCAACCUAGUCAUUCUGGUCUCUGCAGCUGCGUUGCUUGUAUCCCACUCAAGUGCUCGCAACUUGCAGCAAACUCAGACACUGCCUCUUCAAGGAGCUGCUUCUCCUACCAUAGCUGAGGCUCCUACCGUCAAUGCCCCUCUCGACGGCCAAAAGAACUUCAUUGUCGGUGGUGCUGCCGGAAUAGGCGGAUUCAUGGGGAUGCCAGGUGGUGGGACCGAUAUGACGUUGCCUCUUCCAUCCGGGACACCGCUUCUUGGUGGGUCCGGUGCGUUUGGUGGUAUGGGUGGUGCAAUGGGGUUUCCUGAUAUUGGAGGUAAUGGUGGCGGUUCUGUUCCGAGCUCAGGAGGUGGUUUGGUGUCUCCAUGAGAGAGUGUCUGAGAGAGAUUAAAAUCAUUGGUCUCUAGCUUUAAGAUGUGUUUGGUUUCUUUUGCGUUCUAGUUUGGAUCAUUGUUCUUGUUGUUUCUGUGUGUUGUUGUCUUUUGCUGCAUUUUCUCGUCACUUGUUUAAUGUUGUCUUGUGCUUGCGUGUUGUUUCCUUUCCUUAAUGAAAAAUGUUUCCUUAUUAUUCAAAAUCAUUAACCGCAAAUGUUUAUG